GUCACACUUGGACUGAGGAGACAUGGAAACCACAGUACAACACAGUAUGACAGACUUGAACUAUUCUGAUUACUAUGAUGAAUUAAAAGGUGGCAUCUCGCAAGUCUGCAAUUACAACAAUGUAAGGGAUUUCAGCCAAGUCUUCCUCCCUUCCUUCUUCAGCAUUGUCUUCAUUGUGGGGUUCAUUGGUAAUGGCUUGGUCCUGUGUGUCCUGGUCAAGUAUCGCAACAGAUCAAAUGUGACAGAUGUCUGCCUCUUUAACUUGGCUCUUUCAGACCUUCUCUUCCUUUCCUCAUUGCCUUUCUGGGCUCACUAUGCUGCCAUAGCUCAAUGGACCUUCGGGAGCUUCAUGUGCCAUGCAGUGACAGCCUUCUACAUGCUGGGAUUCUAUGGCAGCAUCUUCUUUAUGAUCCUCAUGACCUUGGACCGCUAUGCCGUUAUUGUUCAUGCCCAUACCUCGCUCUUCUCCAAGCACCGUUCUGUCAGAGCUAGCAUAGUUCUGGCUUUGCUUAUGUGGGUGCUUAGUCUUGCAGCCUCUCUCCCAAUGAUCAUUUUUUCACAAGUGAAGAAUGAAUCAAAUGUAUUAAUCUGCACUGAGGAAUAUCCUGAAGGCACAAAAUGGAAGUUAUUCUCUUACAUUGAACUGAACAUCCUUGGCUUGAUCUUUCCAAUAUCAGUAAUGGUGUUCUGCUACUCUCAUAUCAUUCCUGUUUUAAUGGCUUUGAAGUCUCAGAAGAGACACAAAGCUGUCAGACUCAUCCUGGUUUUGGUUACAGUUUUUUUUCUCUUUUGGACACCUUACAACAUCGUCAUCUUCCUAAAGUUUCUGCGUCAUAUGGGCUACAUGACCAGCUGUGAGUGGGAGCAGGACCUGCACAUGGCUACACAGUGGGUGGAAACGAUAGCGUUCAGUCACUGCUGCCUGAACCCCAUUAUCUAUGCCUUUGUGGGGCAAAAAUUUAGAACGCUGGUUCUCAAGGUGCUAAAGCAGUGGUUUCCUGUUUGCUUUGGUCGAUGCACAACGAUCGUCAGUGAGUUCUCUGAGAGGAGGGGCUCCGUUUCCUCACGUUCAUCAGUGAUUUCCAGCACAAAGAUUGUCUAGCCAAAAGUGGGCAAAACUGCUGCAGUCAAAAUCUUGUUUACUCAUGAAACGAUUUUUAAAUAUUGCAACUGUUAUUGUUUUAAAACAUGCAUUUACAUUUAUAAACAAUGUUUAAUUUCACAUUUUAGUUUGAUUUCAUUCAUUAAUAAGGAGACGUUUUAUUUUCAUGUACAUUUUUUACUUUAUCAGUCGAUGUGAUUUAUAUAUAGUUUUUUUUUUAUACUUUUUAUAUAUAAUUUUCUAUUUUGUUGUGUUAUUUUUGCAGUGUGAGCCAAUAUUAGAAAUAUAUUCUACUGAAUCUAAAUAGUGCAAUCUCAUAUGCUAUGUAAGCAGAUUUUUAUUAAACAUUAUUAAAUUUUAU